AUGGCACCAGUGAUGCAUCCUAAUGUGCGAGUAAGCGAUCUUAUUAAUCAGGAAUCGAAGGAUUGGGAUGUGGGCUUACUGGAGAACUAUGUUCAUCCUGAUGACAUACCAUUCAUUAGGAGUUUGGCCAUAAGCUCAACUCAUCGUCGAGACUCUUACUGCUGGAACUUCACAAGGAAUGGUCAGUACACGGUCAAGUCUGGAUAUUGGGUGGCUCAGAAUUUAUUGAAUAAAACAGAGGAAAGGGAAGUUUUGGACCCAAUAACAAGGAACCUGAUAAUAUGGUACAUUUGGAAGGCUAGGAAUGAGAAACUCUUCAGGGGCAUAGAUCGAGAUCCUUUGGAGUUAGUCCGACAUGCGGAGAGCGAAUGUCAAGCCUGGUUUGAUGCUAAUGAUGUGGUACAACCUGUAACACAAGCUAAUACAAAUGAGGAGCCCCAAGCCAUAAGCUUGGGAAAUAUUUGCUUGCUAGAUGGAUCUUGGACGUCUUCUGCUAACUUUAGUGGAUGCGGAUGGGCGUGGAUGGAUGGAUCUGGGAAUGCACAGCUUAUGGGGACAAGGAAUUUCCCUCGGCGUGAAUCAGCUUUGCACUCGGAAGUAGAGGCAAUACGAUGGGCGAUGGAGAAUAUGCUGCAACAUUCGAACUGCCAGAGCUUCGGGACAGAUUGUAAGGAACUGAUAGCAAUGGUGAGGGAACCUCAGGCGUGGCCAAGCUUUGCGACGGAAUUGGAGAGGAUAGAGACGCUACAGAUAUGCUUUCCGGAUUUUAAAAUCGUUCACGUGUCAUAUAAUGUAGUCCAUCUUCUGAGGAGUAUUAACUUUCCAAGGGAAGCUUAG